AUGCGAGCUGGAAGUGGUCAGACUUGGGACUUAAAGGGUGGACUUAUGUCACUUCAGCUGCAAUAUCAAGUACCCCGAAGAAAAAUGUUUCAACCCCUCAACACCUCGAAAACUCGGAUCACACAAAAGACUAAAGAAACUGGGGGUAUGAGCCGUAAACUGGAACGAGUGUAUCAAACGUCUGAGAAGGCACCCAGUAUCCUUUGCCGUUCCGGGCCAGUUGAUUCCGAUAGUACACCCAUCUACCAGAUUGCCUAUUCUCCCUUUGGUGGUCACAUAGCCACCGCUUUGGGUAAUGCCAUGUGCCUUGUCCUACGCACUCCAUCCCGGGAUGAGCGGGAGAUACCCAGUUGUGCCCCAGCAACCGGCUUACCUACUGGCGAGGCCCUGCGUGGUCACAAAAGCCCGGUGCUUUCGAUUUCUUGGUCAACCACUGGUCAACUGUUGCUCACCAGCUCGGCCGAUCGAACUGCCCGAAUGUGGUCCAUGAAAACGCAAUCCGUGGAAAAUGGCACAAAGACUCCUCCGAGAACGGUGCUAAUAUUGGAUUCGAUUUCUGGCGGUGCAUCGAAUGGUUACGGUGAACAGACAACAAUACGUUCAGGCAAUUUCAAAGUAAUUCAUACAUCAUAUGAAUGCUGUUAA